UGCAAAACACUUGCGGGGCAUCGAGGGCGUUCUAAUCAGGCCGAUUUCUUUUUUGUUUUGUUUUUACCCCAAAGUCCAAGAUAACGACGGGCAAACGCAUUGUCAUCGUCUUUUCAUGGCUGAAAGCGUCGUAGACAGUUGCGAAGUGGCCGAUUUGUUGACCCACGAGCGGCCGUGAUCCUAAUCUGGACACGCGUCGCAGCGAAGUCACGGAAGGAAUAAAAAAAAAAAAAUCGUUACAUUGGGGAUUUUAUCGUAGCUUUGUUCGAUAGUAUCUUUUGUUGUUCUGUUUUUCAUUUUCUAAAAAACAAAACAACACGUAAGACAUAUUAUAAUCGCAGCGACAUAAUGGACCGCGGCGGCUGUCAAAUGACUGGUGGAGGCGGUGGAAGUGGCCCCAUCGACGGCGGCGGCGACGGCGGCAUGAUCACGCUGGAGGACUUGGAGUCGUUCUCCGAGGACCAGCUCUCCGACUCCGGCAACGGGAGCCUAGAGGACGACGACGAAGACCCCGACCGACUGCUCCACUACUGGCAAGACGUAGCCAGGGGACACCAAGUGCAAGUUGCAAAUGAAAUGGCCGAACCCAUUCAACAGCUAACAUCCAACAACAAUGGACGCGGUAACAGAGAACACAUCCCUUUCACUCUCCUGUCCCGGAAAGAAAAGUGUGGAGACUUGCUGUACGAGAAGCGCCACUAUGAAAAGGGCCACUGGGCCUGCAUAACAAUGCGAGAGGAGACGUAUGAACAGAGCAUAUGCUACGGCUUCAUGCGAAUAAUGAGAUAUAUCUGCCAGCAGAACACUUUAGGCGACUACCUUGGCAUGUCAUUGCCCAUCGUGACGGUGGUGCGCACAGAUGAGAACCGUUCAGUCAUCGCCCAGGAAGUGACUGUGGCGUACUACCUGCCCACCGACCACCAGGCGCAGCCCCCUCAACCUCUCGACGGCGAGAUUGUCAUCGAAAUCUGGCCCGCAGCUGUGGUGUACACAAGGCCCUUCACCGGCCCCACAAAUGAGUUGACCAUUGUGGAUCAGAUCAACGCCAUGGCCGAGCUGCUCGAGUCCCCCAGUGUUUGCGUCAAUGACUCAUUCAUUGUCGCUGGCUACACCAACCCGGCCCACAGCCAGCGCCAGAACGAGAUCUGGUUCCUGGAGCGCCGUUGACGGGGGACAGCGAAGUGAGGUUCCCCGGCAGCAUUCCACUCAUGACUCUCCACCAACCCCAGCCCUCAGGUGCAACAUCAUCCUUUCUUAGUCGCUGUCUUGGCAGCUCAGCACACUCCAUAUUUACCACCCAUGCCAUAUUGAAAACCUUGGGAGUUUUCUAACAAAUCCGCUAAGUUAAUUCUCAGUUGCGGAUGUGCCACCUCCGUCGUUCUUACUUUUUGUCAGUAGCACGGCUUCUCCAUCGCAUAUUUAGCUUGCUGACCCGGGAUGUUAAAUGUGGACGCGUUGAUGCCCUUGCUGUAACGUUCAAAUCUCAGAAUUGUUGCAGGUUAAAUGGUUCGACGGGAUCAAUGAAUCAAAAACCGAGCGGUAAACCCAUUUCUCAAUACCCCGGACCAAUAAACGAAUCUGCGUUUGAGUGGCGAGUCGAUCGUGCGGAGAAGCUGGAUGUGGUUUCUGUCGUGUGAAACGCAAUGCCUAUAAUAAUCUACCUGAAUGAAACGAGACACUAAUUGAGAAAAAAAAACAGUGCAUGAAUGUAAGAGAAUUUGUGUGCAUAAAAACCAAACUCUACUGCUGAAUGACAAUCAAAAGCACUUAAAUAGAUCCAAGGUGAGCAACUCAAAGCAUUCCUCGUGUUUCCUCCACCUGGGUAAUUGUCGUCUUUUCAUUUUUCGCAAAACUCUCUCGACAUGCUACUUUUGUGAUAAGUGUGUACGUACUUACUACUGUACCAUGACAACCACCGCUGCUGCUGAGUAGAGACAAUGCAACCAGAGAUCAGAUUCUAAGACUAUAAGGAAAGCGAAAUGUUGUUCAUGUAGUUCAAACUGUUUUUGUAAUGUUCUAUCAUAAAUGACUAAAUAUUGGUAUGACUUCAAAAUAAGGGUACCCUUAUGAAGGUUUUGGUUAUUAAGAGUGCCCUUGUUGUAAAGUGGUGCUUAGAGAUCUAUCAGGUAAAUGUGUAUAUUUUCACAAACUAACCAAUCCACCAGCUGUACUUCAAUAAAGAUGUUUUUUUUUUUUUUUUUUUUAAAUCAAGAUUCUAUAUAUGAUUCUAUGAAUUGCAGGAUUUUGAAAUUGGAUAAGGAAACUUUGAUUUGCUCCGUAAGAUUUAUUAUUUGGGGGUAUUAUUUGUCCGUUUAAGAAAAGAAAAAAAAAAAAUCCAAAGAUGUUAUUUUUCACAUAAUGACUGAGUGUGGGUGCUUCAAAAGCUACAAUACAAAAUGCAAAUGUGUUUCUCCCCUGUGAGCCUGGUUAUAUGGGAACAUCAACCCUUCCUGUUUUACUGUAUGUUUGCUUUAGUUCAGAGGCUAUCGUGUGCUGUACUGUGAACAUAUAAGUGCAACAAACAGCAGAGCGCUACUGUGGUUUUAUUUUGGUUAAUAAAUGUGCUUGUCUCCUGUCUUUUAAAUAUGACAAAACGAGUCUUGUGUUUUACUUUUACUAUUUUUCAAGAUGGUUUCACACAGCCAACUUGAUAUUGGUGCUUUCCCAUUGACAAAACAUGGUACAGGUAACGUAAAAUGUCAGGAUACACGACUUGUAAUGACAGAACUAAACACCCAUGCUAUGUCCUUAGCUGUUGCUUUACCUGAGCUCUGGAUUACUGUACGUGUGUGUACAGUUUGCAUUUCACUGAAGUGUGCCAUUUCUUUGGAUAUGUCUGUGUCUAUCCCGAGAACUACAAAACAUGAGAGCCCUAUUUUCCA